GUUUUCUCUCUCAAAGGUCUGCAGCACGCUGAACCUGAACGCGCUACAUCGGCUGCACACUACGCCUCCAUAAUAUUCUUAAUUAAUUCAAUUAAAUUCAUUUAAUUUAAAGUCUAAACAUGGUGGAAAGCUUUUAUCUGUAGUUAUACUCGAUAUAUAGUUGAAUGCACUGUGGAACUUUUUUUAUUUUUUUCUAUUAUAAGAUGGGCGACGAGUGUGUAAGCUUUUCGUGGACUUACAGACAACUUCUACCAAUGUUACUGAUACUGGGAACGUUCAGUUGUAUGGGGCAGUGUUCACAGAGUCCACCAGCUCUCCUCAGUAAAUCCUACCCUCGAGGGAACCACUGGGCAGUGGGUCAUUUAAUGGGGAGGAAGAGCGUUGAGAUGUUGCCUGAACCUCCGGUAUACGAACAGGACGGAGACGAUCCACUGACCUCCUUGGAACGAAGGGAGACACCGCUGGAGCAGCCGCAGUACCCCUCCAAACUAGACCGGGACGUGUUCGGGUCAAGUCCCGCCAACCGGAGACUUCAGGGGCCCCACGGCGCCGACAGACGCCAUCUGGAGAGGACGAGAUCGAGGGAAGAGGUUCGGGUCAAACCCCUGAGAGAGAUGCCGGACUUGCUGCUGCUUGGUUUACACCUGAAGAAUGGGGGUUCCACAUGAACCCACUGUUCAAUGCAUUAUAGCUGCACGUGUCAUGUUACACAUAUUAAAUCCUUCAGAGAAUCACAACAAA